AUGAGUAUUAAACAAGCUUGCAUCUUUCUCAGGGGAGGAACAAGGAGACCUACAAGAGCUCUUACAAAUGAUGAGAUUGACGAGUUGCGUGAAGCUUUUGUUGAGUUUGAUAAAGACAAAGAUGGUUUCAUAACCUGUAAGGACCUGGGGAACCUGAUGAGGACCAUGGGUUACAUGCCCACUGAAAUGGAGCUCAUAGAACUGAGUCAGAACAUCAACAUGAACUUGGGGGGACGGGUGGACUUUGACGAUUUCGUGGAACUAAUGACCCCCAAGCUUUUGGCUGAAACUGCAGGGAUGAUUGGGCUGAAGGAACUUAAAGAUGCAUUUCGAGAGUUUGAUAUUGAUGGAGAUGGCUCUAUUACAUCUGAUGAGCUGAGACACGCCAUGAUAAAGUUACUAGGAGAACAAACCAGCAGAAAUGAAAUCGAAGCAGUGGUCAGAGAAGCUGACAACAAUGGAGAUGGGACAGUUGACUUUGAGGAGUUUGUGAAAAUGAUGUCACAGAAAUGA